AUGGCUGUUGCCCAAGUUAUAAUGGCAUUCGGGCAUUUCUUCUUUGCUAUGGGCUGGCCAGGGGCUAUGUACAUUGGUACUCUUCUGGUCGGGCUCGGGUAUGGAGCUCAUUGGGCUAUUGUGCCAGCUGCUGCUUCUGAAUUGUUUGGCUUAAAGAAUUUUGGAGCUUUGUACAAUUUCCUCACUGUUGCGAACCCAGCUGGUUCAUUAGUAUUCUCAGGUAUUAUUGCUAGUAGCAUAUAUGACAGUGAAGCUGCAAAGCAAGCUCAAGAGCGUCAUCCCAGCCAAUGGAAUGGGGCAUCUAUUUUGUCAAGUUUUCUAGCUGUGGAGGAACCUCUAAAGUGUGAAGGUGCCAUAUGCUUCUUCUUGACUUCCUUAAUACUAUGUGGACUCUGCAUUAUUGCUGCUUGUCUAAGCAUGAUUCUAGUUUAUCGAACAAAGGCUGUAUACAAUCAGCUUUAUGGAAAAUCUCGUACAUAA